ACCACAGAUUUCAACCUCCUUCAAACUUUCUAGACACCCAACCAAACAUGGUCUCCACGAUGUCUCAACCUGCUGCUACAACUUCUCUACAAGUCAAUAACUUAAACUUCCAAACCCUUCCAGAGUCCAGCUUCUGAUUAUUCCAUGUUUGCCUUAAUUUAAGCAGAAACUUAUAGCUAGCUUAUCGAUCAGCUAUCAGAUAAUCAUAGCUAGCAGCAGCAGCUUAACAUAAUCAACUUAACCAGUACUUCCUGUCAGAAUUUUUUGGGCUUCAAGUAAUUUCAGCUUCCAUGACUAUGCCAAAGAGAAGUUUGCUCAAGAUUAUUCUCCUUGGAGACAGUGGGGUGGGGAAAACAUCCUUGAUGAACCAAUAUUUACACAAAAAAUUCAGACCGCAGUAUAAAGCAACAAUCGGAGCUGAUUUUGUCACCAAAGAACUGCAGAUUGAUGACAAAUUGGUAACAUUGCAAAUAUGGGAUACAGCGGGGCAAGAACGGUUUCAGAGCCUGGGCGUGGCGUUCUACAGAGGGGCAGAUUGCUGCAUUCUCGUCUACGAUGUUAAUGUACUCAAAUCAUUCGAGACACUUCAAAAUUGGCAUGAAGAAUUUCUGAAACAGGUAGAUCCUGCAAAUCCUGAGACGUUCCCGUUUGUACUCAUAGGAAAUAAGGUAGACAUAGAUGGUGGAAACAGUCGCGUGGUAUCGGAGAAAACGGCGAGAGAGUGGUGCAUUUCCAAGGGCAACAUACCUUACUUUGAGACAUCGGCAAAAGAAGACUACAAUGUCGAUGCUGCAUUCUUCGGUGCAGCCGAAACUGCACUCGCCACUGAGCCAAUAAACAUAUGGCAACUAGAUGAGGAAAUGCCUUCCCACUGUGAUCUUCAAAGAAUUCCAGAGUCAAUCUCUGGAACUGAUCAGCCAAGAGGAGGAAGGGGAUGUGCUUGCUGAUAAAUUAUUAACAUCUAAUUGCUAGGGUUACAUGCAAUUUCCUGUCAUUUAAUGAUGAGAAAUGAGUGAAAAAAAAAAUUCUAUAAAAAAUAAAUAAAUUAUCUUCUAUAUUUUGAAAAAUGAAGCAAAUUAUCUCAUAUCUAAAUCGUUGAUAAGCGAUAAUUUGCUAUUCAUUUUACAGGAAAAAUUUUGCUCAUUUCUCAUAUUGUAUGAGUAAAUUGUAUUUAACUCAAGAUAUAACACGACAACUGUUCACUAGUGAACUAAUUUAUGUAU